CCAUGUGAUCUCUUGGCUGUCAUUGGUAUCAAAAUAAUCAAAGGCCAUUACAUUCGCCCGAAAAUGGACGUAAAAGCGCGGACAAUGGGAAAGAAUGAAAAUAAUGUGUAUGAUACUGUGAAACUGGAUACACUUCCGAAGUUUUCGGAUCUAAGAUCAAAGGUUGAUGUUAUUCUGAAACAAAGUUCUUGGUGGGAUUUUUACGGUGUGGACUGGGCAAUCAAUGGACUUUUUCUACUUCUUCUGCCUGUCAGUUUGCUGCUUAUAAGAGCAGAAGAAUGGCUCUACAUGGCACUUGGUAUAUUUCUUUUAGGCUGGAUUCAUUCGGUAUUUGCGACAAAAAGUGGACACCUAGCAGCGCAUGGAUCUUUGAGUAGCAACAAAGUUUGGAGCCGACCCCUGUCGGUUUUAUUUGUUGAAGUGAUUGGAGCAUUUUCCGAAGAAAUGGCGUAUGACAUUCAUAUCAAAGAACACCACCCUUACACGAACAUUAUUGGUAUUGGUGACUCCAGCACGUGGAAAGUGCCAUUUCUACCGAGAUAUGUAUAUAUGUUCAUGGCUCCAGUGCUUAUACCACCCCUUGCUCCACUUGUCUCCAUUGCUGGGCUCGUAGAGAAGAGGUCAUAUUUCGGAAUAAUGAAGUACUUAAUUCGUGCAGGUUUUGGACUGUUUGUAAUUCUUUAUUUACUAAUGACAGUUUCACACUGCAGUUUAUGGGGUGCUGUAGGUAUUAUUUGGGCAUCGAGAGCAGUUCUUUCGAUUCCUUACAUCCAUGUGAACAUUUUCCAACACAUCGGAUUACCAAUGUACAAGAAAGAGAGCAAGCCGGUACGAAUUUACCAAAUGGCAACAGGGGUGUUAAAUCUGCCCAGCAAUCCAGUACUUGACUAUGCUUUUGGACACUCCAUCAUGAGCUGUCACGUGGAACACCAUUUGUUCCCGCAAUUGUCAGACAAUAUGUGUUUAAAAAUCAAACCAAUUGUGUCAAAGUUUUUGAAAAACAGUACAUUACCCUACAACGAGAAAACGUACAUGAACAGGCUUCGACUUUUCAUUGACAAGUACGAUACAUUGAUGGUCAAUGCCCCACCAAUAACACACUUUGUUGGAAUCCAGUGAGCUUCGUGUUGACUAACCCACGACAAUCAUGUGUUACGUUUUUCUGCACUUGAAUCAAAUGAUCGAAAAUUGUUAUUUGAAUUGCUGCUUCAAUUAUGUAUCAGGCACAGUGCAUGUUGAUUUUUUAAAAGGUAUAUUAGACACAAACUUCAUAUUAAAAAGUAUGAAAAUUUACUACAUAAAGUUUGUGUAAGCAUGAAAUUAGCAUGUGUGUAUUUAAAGUACUGUGAAUCAUUUUUAAAAUAGUACACGCUUUAUACAUGUGCAGCUAAACACAAUAUAAAUAUGUACUAACACUAAAAUUUGAAAGUUUUUUUAACGUAUGGCAUUAAAUUAUGAAUCUAGGUCUACACACAGAUAAUUUUAUAUUUAGUAAAGGUAAAUAUAUACAUCUGGUGAAGAAUUUCUACAUUUGAAGUUAAUAUCUAAGGAUAAAAUAUUUAAAUGAAAAAUGGACAUUUGAUUUAUCUUUAAUAUGAUGCUUUUUAUUACUUUUUUAGAAACAAACCUUUUAAGUUGUACAACAUGUAGUUUAGAUUAAGUAAUCGGAACUGCAUCAUCUACGUAAUGUUGUCUGUAUGUUAAACAGAAAUCUGUCUAUGCCAGAAUGCUUUUCCCAGAUGGAAUUGAUUAGGUUUUAUCUCUACAUUUCUAGUCUAUUUACUGAAAAAAAUUCAGUUUUACCUCCAUUCUUUGUUACAAUUUCUUUGUAACUUUCUGUUCUACUAUUAAACAUGACCAGUUAGCCAACCAGCGACAGUCACAGGCAGUAUGUGAUAUAUUUGUUUAAAAUGUUUUUCGCUUACAUUGAAGUUAUUUAUACACUCAUUUACCAAUAAGUAUAAGAUGGAAAUGAAAUUCACCAUUAAACCGUAAUCAGGCUUCCACGAAUUUUUCUUUAAUUUAUCUUUUUUUCUUCCAUUACGAUUGCGUGACUUUAGGCGAGGUAUAAAGAUACAGUUGUUCGUUUGACUUUUAGAUGUUUAUACAAGCCCUACUGUUUUAUGUGUAAAAGCAUCUAUCCGUCUUUUUCAUCUGUCUAUCCUUAAAAUCAGUCGAUAUAAGACACAUUAUGGACCUCACUAAAAAAUGGUAAUGUUUCUGGAAACUGUUGAUUGUCGAGUACUGUUUCUUAAUAUAAUCUUGUAUAUAGAGGAAACAGAUGACUAGUAUUCUGUGUUAUACAUGCUAUGCGCCAGUUUUUAUAUACAUUCUCAGUGUCAUUGUUAAUUUUUAAUUUUUGAUUUUGUAUAUUUAUACGUUGUGAUUAUUUUGAUUUUUGUAAUUUAGCACUAGUUAAUGAAUAAAUAGUUUUGUUUU